AUGAGAGAUGAAACCAAAUACUUAGUAUACAACACCACGUCAGUCUUGCGUGCGCCACACCAUCACGGCCUGCGGGGAACCCAACACGGAAACAAGCUGCCAACCAACGGGACCAGCAACGACGUCAAGCCACAUCUGGAACGUCUAGCACCCCUGGAUCGUCACUGCGCCCUUGCAAGUUCUAAGCUUGAGCUCAUGCGAUGGCGGAUAGCUCAUACUCGGGGCCCAAAAGUAAUGCGUAUAUGCAUGCCAGUCUUUGUGCAUUCUCUAUCGUAUCUGUACUAUGUCCUUGGUUCCCCAAGGUGCUCCCCGCCGUCUCUGCCGGCACUGGGAAUUGUCUUGGCCAUUCCGAUUCCAUCCAACGCCAUGAACCCAUCUCUCCAACCCGUUGAUGUCCUCCUGAGCCUUGUAGGCCUAUGA